AUGGCGGCGGUGAAUAAAGCGAUUUCUGAACGUCGUUUCAAACAAGUUCGCUUUUUGAUCGAUCUGGGAGCAAAUUUGAAUUUGAAAGACAGAGAAGGAAAAACUGCUUUAAUUCAACUAUGCUUUCUUGAGCCAGAGUCCUUAGCUGUGGCGAUCGCUGUGCGUUUGUUAAAAGCAGGAGCAAAAAUUGAUAUAAAGGAUAACGAAGGGUUAUCAGCAUUUUGCACCGCAGUGAAAAGACAGAAAGAAAGUUUGGUUGCAUUAUUUUUGGAGGAGACCGGAAAUUUUGAUAUCAAUUCCAGAGACAAGAAAGGAAACACCGCGCUAUUUUAUGCAGCAGACGUUGGAAAUUUGAAGAUCUUGAGUGCGAUUGUUUUAGCCCUUCAGAAGUUUCAACUAAGUGUGAACGUGGCAAAUACUGAAGGAAUUACACCACUAAUGCAAGCGUGUAUGAACGGAGAUGUCAUCGUAGCAAAGUAUCUCAUAACAGAGGGUAAAGCCUGUAUAAAUAGCAGAGACUGGAAUUAUAAAAGAACAGCCCUGGAUUGGGCCAAAACGAGGGGAAUACAGGAAAGUAUUUUACUGGUAAAUAACAAUUCCGACUUUGAUGGUCUGGGUAAGAGUACCAUACGUGGAACACUCGUAGAAGAUAACGUCCAACAGAAACCAGGUCAAAUUUUUGGCUCGAAACCUUGUGAAAAAGAUCUUGGUCGCACAAAGGGGCAAACAACGUACAAAGAUCAACUUCGACAAGUAUAUCAAGUUUACGAAUGGCAACUAACAGCUUCCUUCAAACUCCGGAAAAAACCGAAGUCAAUCGAUAUCAUAGCAUCGAACUCAACCGAAGAACAGAGAAACGGUAAUACAAGAACGAGAAAGAACACUGAUUUAUCAAAGGGUCGGAAUUUUCUCAGAGGAGGUGCCACUGCAAAACUUCUAAAGCGCAGUUCUUUAAUGGCUGACAAGAACGUUCCUCAUCCAUUUCCGUUUCCGAAUUUCCAACGUUCCCUAUCUUUCACGGAUCUUACGAAACUUGAUAAGGCGGAAAGGCGAAUUGAUUCGCCAACUCUUCCGAGGAUUCGUUCGGCUCAUUCGAAGCGUUCGGGAAAAGUUCGGCAAGAAUCUCCAGAAGUAGAAACCCGCUCGUCAUCACCAACGAUUGCUACUGUAUUUGAAGAAAAUGAACCUGACUCUUAA